UCUUUCGGGGGCUGGAUAAACUUCCGCCAGGUCCGGAGGUUUGGCUGGGGCUCGGCCAGUCGAGGAGCCCCCGGCGAGAGAAGGCGAAGAAGGCUGUGGAGGGAAAAGGCGGGUGAUUUUCCGCUGCUCGUUUCACUGACUUCUUGCUUGUGGGUGAUGUUGGCGGGGGCCGCGGGCUGCCAAUUGUUGUGGUCGAGAGCAGACAGGCGGUGCGCGAGUGGGUGUGCGCGCUCCUGUUGCCUCCGGACAAAGAUCCUUGAGCGCGAGCACGAGAGAGAGAUUUCGCGAGAGAGUGAGAGGUGUGGAGUCGAGAGCUGCCUGCGGCAGGCGGUGCCUUGGUUGCUCGGCUCGGCUCGGCUCGGAAUGUGGAAGGCGAGACGAGAAGGCCCGUCAGCAUCGAGGCGAGGUUGUUGGUGCGGGAUCGCGGGAGUGAUCGAAUGAGAGGCCAAGGGAGCCGAUGACAGUUCGCAGGUCGUAUCGGGAACUGAAUGGUGGGAUCGGUGGGUAGAGGCGAGGCGAGGAGAGUAUGUUGCACGAGGUGGUGGGUACUUUGUGUGUGCUUCUGGUGAUCGUCUACACGCUGCACCGAUUGCGCUUCUCUCUGCCUUGCAGCAGCAGCUCCUUAUGGACUGACAUGCGAGCAUUAUGGAAGGGACGCGAUGAUCUGGGACGAGACUCACAUGCUGGCCAAAGUCUCGUGUAGCUUUCGGUGACAUCGUGUGAGUCUGUUUUCUGGUGCCUGUCUGAGUGGUGCGGAUGGCAGCACCCUCUCCGGGGCCCUCACCAUCCUCCCCAUCCACUGCCAGUACUCCGAUUCCUGCGAGCGCUGCUGCCGCCGCGGCAGGACCGAGUGCCGCGCCUGUCGUGCCCACCCCUUCUGCUGUCUCAGCUCCGACGAUUCCCGUCAUUCCGGCCCCCGAUGUUGCUCCGGCAGUCUCUUCUUCAUGGACCUCUGAGCAAGACAAGCUCUUCGAGAAUGCAUUGGCGGUGUACGACGAAGAAUCGCCUAAUCGCUGGGACAAUGUGGCCUCCAUGGUUCCUGGCAAGGACGCGGCGGAUGUGAUGAAGCACUACGAGCUCCUCACGGAAGAUGUGACCUCGAUUGAUGCGGGCAGAGUUGCCCUUCCGAGCUACAUUCUUCCGGGCAGCUUAUCAGGUGCAGAUGCUGCUGGCGAACAGUCCGAUAGCUCGGUGUCCAAGAACAAAGCGUGGUCUGGCCAGUCUCCGGGCGUCUCGGCCAGUGGAACCAGUGGAACGGUGGGUGGUCUUGAGAGGAAGUCCAGUAGUAGCAAAGCGGACCAAGAAAGACGCAAGGGCAUCCCGUGGACCGAAGAAGAGCACAGGUCAUUUUUACUUGGACUUGCAAAGUUCGGCAAAGGUGACUGGAGGAGCAUAUCUCGAAAUUUUGUAAUAUCGCGUACACCAACGCAAGUUGCGAGUCACGCGCAGAAGUAUUUCAUCAGAUUGAACUCUAUCAACAAAGAUAAGCGCCGAUCCUCCAUCCACGAUAUCACUAGCGUCAACUCAGCCGGAGUGGAAGUUAUGCAGGGCAGUCCUGGUCCCAUCACUGGUCAAUCACCUUCAGGAACGUCGACGUCCGGGCAACCUCUUCCUCACAAAACGCAACCUGCAUUUCAAGGUGGGAUGUACGUUACUCCUGUAGGUCCCGGUGCAACAACAGGGUUGGGUACCCCGGUCUAUCCUCCAGGACAGAUGGGUUAUGGAGUGAGAGGGCACAUGGUGAGGCCCGGAAUGGGAGGUCCCCCAAUGAAUAUGACUCACAUGACCUACAGUAUGCCACAGCCUGCCAUGCAUCAUUAGCUGCUCGAUACGAUCUACCCCCUUUUAUCUUGUCUCGUAUACCAGAAUUCUCUUUUUGACCUAGUGUCCCCCAUGUUGCACUAUCUUCACCAUCUUCCUUGAGCAAACUCAUACUUGUGAACUGCACUGUAUACCUUGGAAGGGAGGUCUUGAUCUGAAAAGACGUCAGCAGACGUACCUUUCGGAGAAGUCAUCUCCAGAAAGAUUAUUGAGGGUUUGCAACAGUUUUCCUGUUUCCAUGGUAAGCAUGCCCUGCUGAGAAUUUCAUCCUGCCACACGCAUCCAAUCCAUGAAAAUCUUUGGGAGCUCUUAUGUAAUUCCUCUAUGAACCCAGUACCUCUCAUGUCCAAUCUGUACACCUCAAACUUUGAGUGUCACAAAUCUCAAGUACAGUCUUUGUUUCUCUCUUCCACCAAUUCAACGUAGUAUUUCCAAGCGCCUUGCCUCCACGCUGAGGAGAUGGCGGGCUCUGCUGUACAGUACACUCCUUCCCUGGAAUCCCUCCCUCUGGCUUCAUGCAGGCACCUACUGGGUAGUCUACCUUGGGAUGGCUGCAAUUCAUCUUCCUAGGUGACUAGGGCUGUUUGCAAAGAUUGGGUUGAGGAGAAAGAGAAGCAACGAACCACAGGACUCGUGGUGCUGUUGGUUCGGAUGGUGAUGUAAGGACGACUUUUGUGCAGUAUGGUACUAAAAUGGAUACUAACGUUACUCCUGAUAAGAUUUGUAUUCUAGAGUUAAUCUGCCGGAAGUACUUGAAAGCUACACAACACACUCCACUCAUUUUUCCCCUUCCUCAGGCGUAAGCAUGAGGAUAGCUUCUAGUUUACCUGCUUUGCCGUAGGCUCUGAGAGUUGGAGAGGAUGUGAUGCCAGGACUUGAGUAAAGAGCCCGAUACUACGUGCCAUACUUGAUUUAGUUCGAGCUUGCCACACCAAUAGCACUACUGCAGAGUUGGUAUACUAAAUGCCACGGGAAACAACUAUUCUCUACGUGAUCCAAACUGGGGGCACGUAAGGGAAGUUGAAGUUCUGAUGUCAAAUUGUAAUAAGUCUGGGUGGCUUACGAUGUCCAUUUGUACAUACACAGUGGCCCAAUUAAAUGGUGUCACUCUUUUGGAGCUCAAAGGAGAAGAUUGUAGCCAUGCUAUGUUUUUACAUAUAAUGCCUCUGUCUCAAGCGCGGAAGACGAAUUGCCCAGAACAGUGUCAAUGGCACUGACCUCAGUUCAAUCCAUUCACCUGUCUUAUCUUGACCUGACCAAAAUAUCUGCCAUCAAACGCUUGUGCCG